CACUAUUAGAGUUGUCCAACUCACUUUGGGUUAAGAUGAUAAUUUAAAGUUUGAGAUAAAGCUUAUGUGGUGAAGACCUUUUGGGGUGACUGACGCCUAACUUAAUCUCUUUUAUACUCUGGUGCAUGACUCUUUAAUACACUCAUAUGAACUAUUGUAGGGUGAACAUCUGAUACUUGGGAAUCUUGGGGAUUCUCACAUGGCACUGUGCACCAGAGAUGACACAGAUGAGCUUGUUCCGGAACAACUGACAGUCGACUUGAAGCCUAAUCUUCCAAGUGAAUCUGAACGUAUUAAAAACAGCCAAGGAAGAGUAAUGGCAACUGAAGAAGAACCAAAUGUGUAUAGGGUGUGGAUGCCUGAUCAAGACUGUCCAGGCCUUGCCAUGGCUAGAGCCUUCAGAGACUUUUGUUUGAAAGACUAUGGUCUCAUCUCCUCCCCGAAAUGUACUAUACAAAGAUCUCCGAGAGGGACGAAUUCGUUGUUUUAGCUACCGAUGGUGUAAGUAUAUAUAAUUUGAAAACAAGUCACUUCUAAGACUUAAAUUGCAACAGUAAUCCAGAGUCUUAUAUGCUACUUCUAGUGUUUAUUACAUCUAACACAUUUCAGAUGUGCAAAUGUUAAAUGAAAGAGCAACUUUUGUGUCAUAGGUGUGGGAUGUAAUAAACAACUACGAGGUGAUCUAGACAGUGCUUCAGCAGGGAAGAGAUUAAUGGCAGCAUGAAUGCUAGUCGAGAGGGCAGUUCGGGCAUGGAAACACAAAUACCCAUGUUCUAAGUUUGACGAUUGUGCUGUCAUUUGUUUAUUCUUUAAACGCCCUAGGCCAAUGUUAACAAAAACCAUGUCAGAGGUAGAUCAGCUUAGCAUGAGCUUCCCACCGCAUGACGGUAGUAAUGAUAAUUCCCCCAUCACCGCCCAGACUGAUGAUGGCCUUGACACGCUUCUUAAUUAUAAGAUUAAUAAUGAAGAGGGAUAUGAAGUUGCUGGAGGCGGCAAUGGUAGAGGAAGUGGUGAGGAGUGCCAAUGUCGCCAUAGAGUUAAGAAUCGACCAAUACCGAGCCAAAAUUUCAAUUAGUGUAUUAUGUGUAAUAUGUAAAUCUUCCAUAAUUUCUGUUCAAGGAGAUCAAAAUGUUGCAUUUUGUGCUCAAGAAAAGAAGAUCAGAAUCGUGAAAUUGUUCCAGUUUUGCUCCUACG